AUGGCCACGCCAAAGCCCGAUCUGAGCGACGCGGCCGCCGCGGCCGCCGAAGAUUUCUUCAGCCAGAUCUACAGCUUCUUCGAGCUGGUUGUCACACGGCUGUUCAAAAACGGCUACGCCUCCAUCGUGCAGAUGACCGAGAUGAGCGGCAAGCGCUGGGCCCGAGUCAUCGGCGUCGUCGUCGUGUACCUAAUUCUCCGCCCGUACAUCGAGAAGAUGUUCAAGUGGAUGUACGAGCGCGACCGUCGCAAGGAGAAGGAAAAGCGCGAGAAGGAGAGGGCGCAGUUCGGGAAGGUCAAGGUCUCGGCGAACUCGCUGCGUGCUGGUGGGGACAAGGGGAAGGUCCUUGGUGAAGUCGAUAACACGGAUGACGAGCUCGAGGAUGAGGAGGAUGUUAUGGCUGCUGCUAGUGGUGUUCCUGAGUGGAAUGACUUGGCUCGGAAGCGUCAGAAGAAUUAUAUUAAGCGUGUCAAGAAGGAUCAGCGCGCGCAGGAUUUGAGCCGGGAGCAGAUUUUGGAGUUGUUGGAUUGGAGUAGUGAGGAGGAGGAGGUGGAUGCGAAGGUCAAGAAGGAUCUAUGA